CCUCCAACCCCAAUCAUGGCGAUGAUAUCAUCAUUCAUAAACCCUACUUGCAAGUAACGUACCACUCAAGGACCAGGGUUUUGGGGACAUUUUCUGAUAACAGUGUCGAGCGUUGAGACUACCCGAGAGAUUUCAAAUUCUCACUGAAAGGCGUUUUCGAAAUCCUUAUAAGGUGGAAGGCAAUGGGUAAGAGAGGGAAGGGACAGAAGAAAGACUACAGAAACCCUAAGAGAACUGCCCGCGACGAUGACGUUGCAUUGUCUGACAUGGACGACGAAAUCGACACCUUUCACAAGCAGAGGGAUGUUGUUCCGCUUGAUGUAAAUGCUGGUGUUGGGGAGUCAGAUGAAGAAGAAGAGCUACCUGUCUUUGAUCUCAAGGGUGUCAAUGGUGAUGAGGACGACGACGACGACGACAGCGAUAUCAGUGACGAUACCCAAGAAACUGGCUUUGCUGCAAAAAUUGCUAGGCAACAGAAAUUUUUACGGGAAAAGUUUGGUGGUGUUGAGGAUGACAUGCAUGAAGAUGAGGAUGAGGAUGAACAAGAAGCCAUAUGGGGUGGAAAAAUGAAUCAAUAUUAUUCUGCUGAUAAUCGUGAUUUUGAGAGACAAUCGAGUGAUGAUGAGGACCUUGCAAUAGAGGAGGAAGAGGCUUUGAAAUUGCAGAGGCAGAAAGCAAAAUCUUUAUCAAUGGAAGACUUUGGCCUUGAAGAUGUUAAUGAAGAUGAAAGUGAUAGGGAAUUAACUCUAGAGGAAAUAUCAGCCAAAGGAAAAAACAGAAAAGAACCUCCAGUGAGAAAAGAAACCAUAGAUGACAUGGGCAUGGCUUAUGAGGUUAAGAAAGAUUUAAAUGCUCUAUCAAGGGAGGAACAAAUGGAUGUUUUAUAUAGUUCUGCGCCAGAAUUAGUUGGUUUGCUGUCAGAGCUCAAUGAUGCACUUGAACAGCUUGAAAGUAAAGUGAAUCCACUUCUGAGUAAGGUUAAAAAGGGGGAAACCCUGAUGGAAGGGGGAAUCCGCUAUUUGGAGGUGAAGCAGCUUCUUUUGCUCUCCUAUUGCCAAGCUAUAACGUUCUUUCUUCUUCUCAAGUCUGAAGGGCAGCCCAUUCGUGAUCAUCCUGUGCUAGCUCGCCUCGUAGAGAUCAAGAGCUUAUUGGAUAAGACAAAACAACUUGAUGGGAAUCUUCCAUCCGAACUUGAGAAAUUCCUCAGUAAUAAUCAAGGGGUUGAUGUGGUAGUAAAGUUGGGUGAGGAGAAUUCUACUGAUCAGGAUCCCCAUCCUUCUGUUGAAACCCAAGAAGCAACAAUGCUGCAUGACACAAACAAGUCUGAAAAUGUGGUCUAUUGGAAGGAUAAGGAGAACAAAGCAGGAAAGCGCAAGCGUCAGAGUGACCAAGUUGGUGGUCAGAGCAUGGAAAUGUUAAAAGUAAGAGCUGCCCUUGAAGAAAGAUUGAAGCAGAAGGGUUUUCUUAGCUCCAUAGUUCCUAAACCUAAUAAAGCCCAGAAACAUCUGAAACCGGUUAAUGGACAGCUCGUGACAUAUAAUGAUUUUGAUGAUGAUGCUCUAGAUGUGGGGGCCACAAGAUUCAGUAAUGAUCCUGCAAGCUCAUUGAGCUCAAGCAGACUUUCCCAAAUUGUUGCUGCUAAACCGAAUAAGCCCAAGGUGGUUUCUGGUGAUGAUGAUUUACCUAUGAGGGAUGAUAUUGGAGAAAGGCGGAGGAAGCAUGAGCUUCGAGUGUUGGCUGGAGCUGGAAUCAAAUCUCAGGAUGGGUUUGGAGAUGAAGUUGGCAACAUUGAUGCUGAUGAGGAUGCUGACAUGGAGGAUGGGGAUGCUGACUUGGAGGAUGGAGAUGCUAACACGGAGGAUGAUGAUGCAGGAGACUCAGAAGAUGAGUAUUAUAAACAAGUCAAACAACUAAGAGCUGCAAAACUUGCUACUAAAGCUGAGAUGUAUUCAAGGACCUUAGCAGUCCCAUCUCUGCCUGAAACCAUAGAUGGAAAACGCCAGAUCACUUAUCAGAUGGAGAAGAACCGGGGGUUGACUCGUCAGCGAAAGAAGCAAAUCAAAAAUCCAAGGAAGAAGUACAAGGAACAACACAAGAAAAAAGUAAAUCGUCGGAAAGGGCAGGUGCAGGAGAUUAGGAAACCUAGUGGUCCAUAUGGUGGGGAAGCCACUGGAAUUAAUAUAGGAACCAGUCGGAGCGUCAGAUUCAAGAACUAGAUACCGUUUAUUUGUUUCAUGUUUUGUCCCAUACUGAUUGUUGGAUCCUGUAUUAAUGUUCACGUUGAGCAUUCAAAUUUUGGGAUGACGUAAAAACUAUAGAAAUAGUGCCCCAAUUGCGUUCA